AGAGAUGGAGCCUCUGUAGCUCAGAGAGAGCCUCUUUUCUCGGGGGGAAAGCGGAUAGAAAAUCUGAGAAUUUUUAUUGAGUGUCAAAAUCCAACUCUCCCAGGGAAGGAGUGAAGUUGGAUACUAUACAAAAUCCAAAUUCGAAGUUAUUGUAAUUUGGCGAUGGAUUCCAUCCAAUCGCCGCCGUGAUCCUCCUCAACCGCCGCCGCCUACUUAGCCGCUAAUUCGACGAAUGGCCCAAGAAACCCCAAGCCAAACUCAAACCCCAACGGAGGCCGACCACGCCGCCGCCGGAGUGACUACCACCAGCGCCACCGGCGACCUAACCGAUGCUCCUCCUCCAAAUCCUACUCCCGCCGCUAAAAUACCUUCCCGUCCUCGGAAGCUCCGGAAGCUUUCAAACGAUGACUCCGAUGGCAAAUCGCCUCAAACCGACGGUGCCGUAGAAGUCUCUAAAUCAAGUGCCACCGCCAAAUCCGCGAAGAACAAGAUUGUGCCUCAUCAGCCUAAACCGGUGAUGAGAAUCCUCGCGAGAUCGCUAUCCUGCGAAGGCGAACUCGAUAUCGCGAUCCGACACCUUCGGAACGCCGAUCCACUGCUCAUUCCGUUGAUCGAAAUCUAUCACCGUCCGACAUUCGACUCUUUCCUGCCCCCGUUCCUUGCCCUAACCAAGAGCAUUCUCUACCAGCAACUCGCGUAUAAGGCGGGGACUUCGAUCUACACUCGCUUCAUCUCGCUAUGCGGCGGCGAGCCUGGCGUUAUCCCCGACGUUGUUCUUGCCCUAACCCCUCAGCAACUCCGGCAAAUUGGCGUUUCGGCUCGGAAAGCUAGUUACCUUCACGAUCUUGCGAGGAAGUACCAGAAUGGGAUACUGUCUGAUUCUUCAAUUGUGGAAAUGGACGAUAAGUCCCUUUUCACAAUGCUGACUAUGGUUAAUGGCAUUGGUUCUUGGUCAGUUCACAUGUUUAUGAUUUUUUCGCUUCACAGACCGGACGUUCUUCCGAUAAACGACCUUGGUAUUCGGAAAGGAGUUCAGUUUCUUUACGGCCUUGAAGAGUUGCCUCGGCCAUCGCAGAUGGAGCUUCUGUGUGAGAAGUGGAGGCCGUACCGGUCGGUUGCUUCAUGGUACAUGUGGAGACUUGCUGAAACAAAGGGGGCGCCUUGCAGUACCGGGGCGGUGGCUGCUGCCGGAACGAGUUUGCAGUUACAAUAUCAUGAGCAGCAGCACCACCAGAUCCAACAACAGCAACAGCAACAGCAGCAGCAGCAGCAGUUUUUGGAUCCUAUCAAUGGCAUUCUCAACCUAGGGGCCUGUGGAUGGGGACAAUGAAUGGGAUCAGAGAAAUCAGAAAUCUUGCUGAUGAAAUGUUCAUCUGCCAGUCACAUUGAGGUGAAAGCUUUGAGUCAAGGCACCGGAGAUACCCGCCAGAUGCUUGGUGAAAAAAUGUGGGAUCAUAUUGAGGUACUGGAGAUAAGCAUUUAAAAAAAAAAAAAAACAAAUAGUUACGUCUAUGGCUCUUUGUUUGUCUCUCAGAAAUACAAGUUCCAAAAUGUGCAUGUUCUUUGUGGAACUGUUUGGAGGCUGAUGAUGUUUUCAUGCUUCUGCAUGGUAGUCCUGUCUGGUUCCCAUCUUUAUUUGAAUUUUCUUGAACUGAAAACAUAGUAACAUUUGUGACCCCCCUUAGUUUGUGUCUCAGAAAUACCACUUCCAAAAUGUGAAGUUUCUUUCUGGAACUGUCUGGAAGCUUCUGUUUAGCUGUCUGGUUUCCCUUGUCGUUUUGUAAUUGCAUGUCACCCCUUCUAUACAUAUUUUUUUUCUUUUAAUCAGCGUAUGCAUAAAAUGGAACCAAUUCUUGUCAA